AAGACAGAAGAGAGAGGACAGAAGAGAGACAGAUCAGUCAUGUCAGGGUAAAUACAGUAUAUCAAAGUUAAAACUAUAUAAUGGCCAUUUGAAAAGACCUUGCUCUAACAAACUGUCUAAAAGCAGUAGGCCUAUGGUAAAACAAGUGGAAUAUGAAUGUAUAACUUGCAAGAUUAUUCUUUGAAAAAAUAUAAUUGAUUAAAUGUUUAAACGGUAUGUAAUGUCCAUCCAGACCCUUUCAACUAUUCAAAGCAAACAAUGUACUUUAUAUUGCAUUACUCUAUGCUGCAUUCACCAGCCAUGAGAUGGUAGUGUAUAGAGACACUUCAGUGUCCCAGCCAAUUGUGUUGUAGGCUAACUGUCUCGUCUGUGUACGUCAGUGUGCUUGGCAGGAUGUACAGCUUCAUGGGCGGUGGGUUGUUCUGCGCUGGAGUCGGGAACAUACUCCUUAUUAUCUCUACAGCAACCGAUUACUGGAUGCAGUAUCGUCAAUCCAACAACUACAUGCAUCAGGGCCUGUGGCGCUACUGUGUUCCUGGGAAAUGCAUGACACACACAGAUAGCAUUGGUAAGAGCAACAUGUCCCCUUUGUCAUCAAACGUACUGUAAGUGAAAGAAAGGCCUUUAUGAGGUCACAUUGUCAUUUGUUCCAGUGUAAAAAAGCAUUUCAACAAUAACGCAAUCAGCUCCUUUUAUUUGAGCAGGUUUAGUUGGGAAUAAAUCACCAUAAUUCAACAUUUGGUGCAAAAUAUAGAAUAUUGUGUAAUAAGUAAAUGUUCAGUGAUGUCACAUUUGUGUAAAGUGUGAAAUGUAAUUCAGUAGUAUGGACAGGAACGUCACUGAUAAUAGUAGUAGUGCUUAUUGGGUAAGUUGUACCUGUACUGGGUGUCAGCCUUGUCCUCUCUGUGCCCUGUCACCAGCAUACUGGGAUGCUACCCGUGCCUUUAUGAUCCUCUCCCUGCUGGCCUGCUUCAUUGGCAUCGUGAUCGGUGUCAUGGCCUUCAUACGCUCCUCCUCCUUCAGUGGGUUUGACAAGACGUUUGCUGCCGGCAUCCUCUUCUUCAUCUCCUGUAAGUGUCUCCUCCUACUGUCAUUUCUCCCUGUCACUCUAUCAAGCACAGAAAUAUAAUAAAUUAAUUAUAUUUCUAUGCUAUCAAGUCUCUGUUGAUGGAUGUGAUGAAAGGAAUAAAGCACCAUUUGAUUGACUACUCUCCACAGGCUUCUUUGUACUGCUGGCGAUGGCUGUGUACACUGGGGUGACGGUGAACUACUACGGGAAACGAUAUGGGAACUGGCGCUUCUCCUGGUCCUACAUCAUGGGUUGGGUGGCCGUGGUCCUCACUUUCUUCUCAGGUAGGAUGAUGUGGUUCUGCCUAUAGAGCUAAAGGACUUCAUUUACUAUUUGUGCGUCCCAAAUGGCAACAUAUUCCCUUUAGUGUUCUACUUUUGAAGAAGGCCCAUAGGGCUCUGGUCAAAAGUAGUGCACUAUAUAAGGAGUAGGCUGCCAUUUGAGAUGCAUCCAAUGGCUCAGUCCAACACGAUUCAUUUGAAGACAAAAACAUAUUCACAUAAGUGGAUAAUCCAGUAUACAGUAUGCCUAUGAACUGAAUGGUAAUCUCUUCCUAUUUUCUUUUACAGGUAUCUUCUACAUGUGUGCCUACAGGAUGCAUGAAUGCCCGAGAAACUCCAACUCCCGCUGA